GUCUGUCUCCUCUCCCACUCGCACUCCCACUCGCACAGAAACAGGACAGAAGGGGGGGACGUGCAGACGGGAAAGGGCAGCAAGCUGGACAGACAGCUGGACUGGAACCGAGAGGACGACCGUGCGCGUCUGUGUGUGUGAAGGGGUGUGUGUGUGUAGGAGGCGGGGUGUGUGUGGGGGGACAGGUGUUGCUGUCCUCACUACGUGGACAUUCAUCCUGCAGGGAGCAGCGAGGGACCCACCACAGCUGAAGUGAGGAGAGGAGGUGCAGUGACAUCAAGUCAGUCAGCAGACCAGACCAAAGCUGAUUGGAGGAGAGACCACACCGCACCGCAGGCCUGAGCCAUGGCAGGGUGUCGCCUGUCCACCAGCCCCCUCUUCCUCCUCAUUGGCCUCCUUUUUAUUGCCGAGGGGUCGUCAUACCUCAGCGCGCAGAGGUGGAAGUCACGACCACAGCGGGAUCGGCGAAAUGUCCGACCCAACAUCAUCCUCAUUCUCACUGAUGAUCAGGACAUUGAGCUGGGCUCCAUGCAGGCCAUGAAUAAGACUCGUAAGAUCAUGGUGCAGGGCGGGACCCACUUCUCCAACGCGUUUUCCACCACACCCAUGUGCUGCCCAUCGCGGUCGUCCAUCCUUACGGGGAAGUACGUGCACAACCACCACACCUACACCAACAACGAGAACUGUUCCUCCCCCUCCUGGCAGGCUCACCAUGAACCACACACCUUUGCUGUGCACCUGAACAACUCCGGCUACAGGACAGCCUUCUUUGGGAAAUAUCUGAAUGAGUAUAAUGGCUCCUAUGUGCCCCCCGGAUGGAGAGAGUGGUUGGCACUGGUGAAGAAUUCCCGUUUCUACAACUACACUCUCUGCAGAAAUGGCAUUCGUGAAAAGCACGGCACAGAGUACCCCAAGGAUUAUCUCACAGACAUCAUCACCAAUGAGAGCGUCAACUACUUCCGCACGUCUAAGAGGAUUUACCCCAACCGGCCCGUCAUGAUGGUGCUAAGCCACGUAGCUCCACAUGGUCCAGAGGACGCGGCCCCGCAGUACAGCAGCGCAUUCCCCAAUGCCUCCCAGCACAUAACCCCCAGCUAUAACUAUGCGCCUAACCCAGAUAAGCACUGGAUCCUGCGCUACACCGGCCCCAUGAAGCCGGUGCACAUGCAGUUCACCAACAUGCUGCAGAGGAGGCGUCUGCAAACCCUGCUGUCUGUGGAUGACUGUGUGGAAAAAGUGUACAACAUGCUGGUAGAGACCGGAGAGCUGGACAACACCUACCUGAUCUACAUGUCGGACCAUGGCUAUCACAUUGGCCAGUUUGGGCUGGUCAAGGGGAAGUCCAUGCCCUAUGAGUUUGACAUCCGUGUGCCCUUCUACAUCAGAGGUCCUCACGUGGAGGCAGGUGCCAUAAACCCACACAUUGUUCUGAACAUUGACUUGGCGCCAACUCUGCUGGACAUGGCUGGGGUAGAUAUUCCAGCUGACAUGGACGGCAAGUCUAUCCUCAAGCUUCUUGAUACGGAGAGACCUGUUAACAGGUUCCAGUUCAACAAGAACAGAAAAAUAUGGAGAGACUCCUUCUUGCUGGAGAGAGGGAAGCCACUGCACAAGCUGGGUGAUGGGAAGGAGGUGGCCCAGGAAGAGAACUUCCUGCCCAAGUACCAGCGCGUGAGAGACCUGUGCCAGCGAGCGGAGUACCAAACGGCAUGUGAACAACCAGGGCAGAAGUGGCAGUGUUUAGAGGACAGCGCAGGCAUGAUGAGACUGUUUAAGUGUAAGGGGAUUGUUGGUAUGUACUCGCCCCGUGCUCAGGGUCUGCUGGCAAGCCGCACGGCUAAUAUCUACAGUCCCUCCAUCCCUUCUGAUGGCUGCGACUGUGACCCCUCACCAACAGUCAAGAAGAAGAAGCUGCUCACCAAACGAAAGAUCAAGGCCCGGAAGAGUCUGGCUCGGAACCGCUGGGCCCGCUCGGUUCCGCUCCAGUGGGACACCAACCAGUACACUCUGGACCUGGAGGAGGGCUACCGGCCCGUGGGCCUGAAGAACACCAGCAGGAGGGCCGUGUUAGCCCAGCAGGAGGAGGAAGAGGGCUUCAGUGGGAUGGGUGACAGCACUGCCUCACCCUCGACUGGGAACAGCCUCUCCCCACCCGCAGCCCUCAAAGUCACCUACAGGUGCUCCAUAUUAAUGAAUGACACAGUGAGUUGUGAUGGCGGCUUGUACAAAUCACUGCAGGCCUGGAAAGACCAUAAACUCCACAUUGAACACGAGAUUGAGACUCUGCAGACUAAGAUAAAGAACCUGCGGGAGGUGAAAGGCCACCUGAAGAAAGCCCGGCCGAAGGAGUGCAACUGCGACAAGGACAUGUAUCAGGCUCAAUACAAGGGAAUGUUCCGCCUAAAAUCAGGACGUCUGCAGUCUCUGAGAGCGGCCUCUAAGGAUAAGAAGCAGUGGUUCCUGAAGGACCAAAAGCGCCGGAAGAAAUUGCGGAAGCUGCUGAAGCGCCUGCGUAACCAUGACACCUGCAGUAUGCCCGGCCUCACCUGCUUUACCCACGACAACCAACACUGGCAGACAGCCCCCUUCUGGACAAUGGGUCCAUUCUGUGCCUGCACCAGUGCCAACAACAACACAUACUCCUGUCUGAGGACCAUAAAUGACACUCACAACUUCAUUUUCUGUGAAUAUGCCACGGGAUUCCUGGAGUACUUUGAUCUUAACACAGACCCAUAUCAGUUGAUUAAUGCAGUGAGCAUGCUGGAUAGGCAGGCACUCAACCAAAUGCAUCUCCAGCUCGCCAAGCUACGCGGCUGCAGAGGCCACAAACAGUGCAACCAGGAGACAGGUGUGAAAGAACGCAGCUAUGUCAAAGAGUACAGGCCGCUUCACCGUCGAAAGAGGCCAAAAUUGAAGAAACAGACGUCCAAAUCCAUGGGUCAAAUUUGGGAAGGAUGGGUGGGUUAACCACACCCCCGUCUCUUCGCUCAUAACAAGUCAGUGGUGAAGAAUAAGGACGGAUGGGUGAACAGAUGAGGACCCCGCCCAAACACAUACAUAACCCCCCCUCCCACGCCCCCACCACCACCACCGCCACUGCCACCACUACGCCAUACCGCAUCGGAGCUGAUUGCCAGGAGCCUCAUAGUUUGGGCGAAGCUAUUGCUCUUCCAACUGCACUGCCACUAGACAGCACUGGGGCCCCACACGACAUGGACAGCAUCAGCUUCUCUAUUCUCUGAUGUUUUUUUCAUACAAUGACAAAAACACAUGCAGACACACAUGCAAGCGCAUUUGCACACAAACACACACACAUACACACACACACACGCACACACACACACACACACACACACACACGCCACACAGACAGACAGACAGACAGAAAGACAGACACACACACACAGUCUUCUUUUAAUUGUAUUAUUCUGUCAUCAGUCAUAAGCAUUUCAGGAUAUACUUUUAUUUUCUCUGUGAAGCAACAAUUAUUUUGCUUUCCUAAAUGACUGUCUCUUUAUUAUCUCCACUCUAUCACCUCCUCAGCAAGCCAUUUCCAUCUGAAGAGCACUUUUGUGGUUACGGUUCAGAACACUGGCUAUUUUCAUUGACAUUAAGACACCGAUGAGGUGCCAAAAUUCCACUCUGAAGUUGACCAUGUGUCAUUUUAUGUAUUUUUUACUGUAGAUACUCUAGCAUGGACUUAAAACUGAACUACUGUGAAUGGUAUGGAGAGAGACUCUUUAUUCACCUCUGUACAGGAAUGUAAAAACAGGUCUCAUUUCGGUCUUUAACACUGUGUUGGUGUUUUUAGCUUCUCCACUAUAAAUGAUCAGACAUCAGUGUAUCAUUUACAACCUUUUUGUCCUCUGUGGUUUGGCUAGAAUCUCCCCACUAUCAAAAUAUCUUUGAGCAUACCACUGUGAAGAAUACAACGUGUUCCCCUCUUUGAGUGCAUCAACACAUCUGGAAACUUAUUCAGAAGACUGUUUGGAGGCCCACGGAAGGAAGAGCUGCCUCUAAGCAGCCAUCCAACAUCUCCCCAUGAGCAGGGGCUUGCGCAAGGACUUUUGUCGGACAUUCAGUCUCACUGCGUUGCAGAUGAUGACUGGAUGGAGGAGCGUGACGCUGUUCCGAAGCAUCCGGGGAAGAUGGUCUCACACUGGUAGCUCUGCAUCCGUUCACAGGUUGCAUGGCCAAUUCUUGACCUUGUGCCCAUGCUGUGGGGCCUGUUUUGUGUUUUCAUCUGAGACAUCCAGCCAUCUUUCCUUGAAAGACCUGUGUACAGUGGCCACGUCGAUUUAACCUUUCUGUCAAUGCUGACAUGAUUUCACAUGUUAGAUGUUAGCAUCAACGUCACCAAACAUGGGUGGUGCUAUAGGGUGGUAAAGGCCUAGACUGCCGCUGACUUUGGGACAGAUCUGCAUCUGAUUCCACGUCAGAUUAGGGCCAGCACUGGGGCAGAUCUCUUCUAAAGUAAGCUGCUCUCUGGGAAGAUCUUUUCAAAACAAAUAAAUGAACAACAUGAUGUACAGUAUGUCUUUGAAUUGAUGUUGAAUUGUGCAAUCCAUGUAAAUGUUUUGGUAUAUUUUACACAAUAUAAAUGUAGGUCUUGACCUCUCAAGGUCAAUAAUGUAUGUAUAUCUAACGUGAAUCAGUGAGUGUGUUCAUUUAGAUUACCCAAAAUAAUUGAUGCUCUGUCUGAAUGUCUUUUUUUUCAAGAGCAUUUGAAUAACAUACUAGAUUUGUCUUUGAACAAUACAUGAAAAAAUAGCAUGACAUAAUGUGUGAUGAGUGAGUCAUACAAAACUAUGUUGCCAUGUGUGUACAGUACUAGAUGCUCCAUUUGUUGUAACAGGGAAUGCUGAUAGUAAAUAAAGUAAGUAAU